ACGUUAUUGAACGCAGCUUGAUGAAAUGACGUGUCAAGAAAGUGCCGGAAGCUUUCAAUCUGUCCAAAAUGGCUUACCAGACUUUACAACAAGAGUAUCUACAGAUUCCUGUUGUUACCAGGGCAUACACAACCGCUUGCGUCCUCACAACUGCUGCAGUGCAACUAGAGAUCAUCACACCUUUUCAGCUAUACUUCAAUCCGGAUUUGAUUCUAAGGAACUACCAGGUAUGGCGACUAAUAACCAACUUCUUGUUUUUUGGUCCAGUUGGCUUCAAUUUCCUGUUCAAUAUGAUUUUUCUAUACAGAUACUGUCGUAUGCUGGAGGAGGGAUCCUUCAGGGGACGAACGGCUGACUUUGUCUUCAUGUUCCUCUUUGGUGGGCUGCUCAUGACUAUAUUUGGCACUUUUGUGAGUCUGGUGUUCCUGGGCCAAGCAUUCACCAUUAUGCUUGUGUACGUAUGGAGUCGACGAAACCCAAAUGUUCGCAUGAAUUUCUUUGGCCUGCUCAAUUUCCAAGCACCCUUCUUACCUUGGGUGCUGAUGGGAUUCUCACUUCUGCUGGGCAACUCCAUCAUCGUGGAUCUUUUAGGUAUCGCUGUUGGUCACGUGUACUUCUUCCUGGAGGACGUCUUCCCCAACCAGCCUGGUGGUGGAAGGUGGCUUAAGACCCCAUCUAUCAUAAAGAUGCUGUUUGACACUCCAGAGGAAGAUGCCAACUACAAUCCCCUGCCUGAGGAGCGCCCUGGAGGGUUUGCCUGGGGAGAGGGACAGCGUCUUGGAGGUUAGAUACGCCCUCCAGAUCAUCCCUGGUUGUCAGGUCACUUCCAAGGACCUUCUCUCAGAGAGAUGAAGGGGACGAACAUGGUCUAUGUUUCUGACAUGUUUGUUUAGUUCUGAAUGAAAAAUGGCAAAGAAUCAGAACUGGUUUGGAGAUAACCGUCUGCUGUCUGUGUACAUGGGCUUUAAUCAUCCUCAGACUCUAAGACUAUUUGAGAGAACACAAGCUACAGAUGGAACUUUGGACAGUGAGCUUUUCGCUCAAAUAAUGUUUGUCUUCAUCUCAGAAAAAAUAAAUAUUGACAUCCGACUAUAUGAGUGAGGAAGACUGACAACAGCAAAAUAUUAUCAAAAAGAUUUUAUUUAGAUGGUGAGUGCAUUUUUUUUCAUUUCACUUUUUUAAAGAAUAAAUGUGUGUGGCAAAUGA